AUUGUCAAAGUUGGGGACGUAAAAGCGAGAGCCCUCCCUUUUACGUUAUUUUGUUGAUAAUUUAAAAAAAAUGGCAGAUUCAGCCACAGAAAUACCUCUAAAUAUAGAAGAAAGUGUCCGAGACGCUGUCCAAAAUGGCACGGAUAAAGUAACAAAUAGUAUUGAGGGCGUCGCAAUUGCUUACCUGAGUUUAGUUAUUAUGGCUAUUUUACCGAUAUUUUUCGGAUCGUUUAGGUCAGUGAAAUACCUAAAGGAACAAAAGGAAUCUGGAGAACGUCCAGAGACUAUGUCCAACAAGGAUGCACUGAUGUUCCCAUUGAUUGCAUCAUGUGCACUGUUUGCUCUGUACAUCUUCUUCCAAUUCUUCUCUAAGGAGUAUAUCAAUCUUCUCCUCACAGUUUACUUCUUCUUCCUUGGAGUGCUUGCGCUGAGUCAUCUUCUCAGCCCGAUCAUCUCAUUCAUGGUGCCGGUGUCGAUACCGAACGUGCCCUAUCACAUACACUUCACGCGCGGCGAGCGCGACAACCGCUCCGACAUCAUCAACUACAAGUUCACUUCAUACGAUGUCAUCUGUUUGCUUAUCUCACUCUGCCUCGGCGGCUGGUAUCUGCUUAAGAAGCACUGGAUCGCGAAUAAUCUUUUCGGCAUUGCGUUCGCGAUCAACGGCGUGGAGCUGCUGCACUUGAACAACGUGGUGACCGGGUGCAUCCUGCUCUGCGGCCUGUUCCUCUACGACAUAUUCUGGGUGUUCGGCACCAACGUCAUGGUCACCGUCGCCAAGUCCUUCGAGGCCCCGAUCAAAUUGGUGUUCCCGCAAGACUUGCUCGUAAACGGCCUGAACGCCAGCAACUUCGCCAUGCUCGGCCUCGGCGACAUCGUAGUGCCCGGAAUCUUCAUCGCGCUGUUGCUGAGAUUCGACAAGAGUUUGAAACGCAACUCGGAGUUCUACUUCCGCGCGACAUUCACCGCGUACAUCGUGGGCUUGCUCGCCACUAUACUGAUAAUGCACAUGUUCAAGCACGCUCAGCCGGCGCUCCUGUACUUGGUGCCGGCCUGUUUGGGCACUCCGCUGUCACUGGCCUUGUUGAAGGGGGACAUUAACGCACUAUUCAAUUACGAAGAUCAACCCGUCGUUGAGGGCGCCGCUGACGCGAAAACGAAGAAGUCUGAAUGAGAGCACAAAGGACAUAGUACAUUCGUUACAGGAAACAAAUCCUCUAUUUUUUAUCUGUAUGACAACGGCGAGGGACCAUGGCCCGUGGUUUUAGAAGACGUUUCUUUAUUAAAGCAUUUCUCUGUAUAAUUAUAAUUUGACACUUUAAUUUUUAUUGUUAUCAAUAUUGGUGAACUUCCGAAGUAUCUUCCAAAAUAUUUUUUUUUCUACAGAAUAUUUUUCGUAAUUAAGCAUUAUACAUAUAUAUGACAAUGUUUUGCGCAUAAUUUUAUAGGUUGUACGUUUGAUAGAUAUUUAGAUUUAGUAAAGUAAAGUGUGUAAUAUAAUAUUUGGCUGAACGAUUCCAUUCCUUUGUCAGAUGAAUUAUUUAAAAAGGUUAUUUUAUAUUUUUUUUCUUCUUCAAGAAGUAAUAAUUUGUGUUAAGGUAUUUUAGCAGAAAUCGUUGUAUAUAAAUGUUUUUUUUUUCUUAGAAACGUGAACAUAACUAUUAUUUUUAGCAAAUUAAGUUUAUUUUCUUUUGUUAUAUAUAUGAGAAUAUCAUGGAUACAACUUCUUUACAAGUUACCAUUGGAACUUCAAUUUUCUCUGUUGUCAAAUAAGGAUUUAUUCAAUUUAAACUGGUCGAUAUUGUAAGGCAUACGAGGGUCAAACUGAAAGUUCUUAGAAAAUCAAAAACUGAUUACAUUAGCCAGUUAUUAGUUUUAUUAUAUCUUUUCAAAAUAUUGUCCAUUCACGUCAAUACACCGCUGCAUGCGAUGGAACCACUGGGAAAAGCACUUUGCCCACUCGUCCUUAGGGGUCUCUUCAAUGGCAUCGCGAUACGCAGCCACCGCUUCUUCAGCAUUCAUAAACCGCUUUCCUUUAAGUUUUUCUUUAAUUUUUGGAAAUAAAUAAAAAUCACAAGACGCGAGGUCGGGGCUAUACGGCGGGUGACCCAGUAAUUCAACGUUUGAUGUCGCCAAAUAGUCGAUCGUUCGCUUGGCGGUGUGCGACGAGGCGUUGUCGUGGUGAAGGAGGAUCCUACUGCGAGGUCGUUUCUCUCGAACUUUUUCCAAGACAAGUGGCAAACAAUUGGUAGUGUACCAUUCUGCAGAAACUGUUUUUUGAUCCUCUAACACAAUUGUUGCAAAAUGACCUAUCCUUCCAAAGAACGAGGCCACCAUUUUUUUUCCCGCACUUCGAUCUCUCUUCACUUUAGUUGGCAACUCCUCGAAAGGAAACACCCACUGAGCAGAUUGUCUUUUGGUUUUAGGAUCAUAACAGUAAAUCCAGCUUUCGUCACCUGUUAGUAUGUCGAACACAGCAUUUGAGUCACCUCCGUUAAAUCUUUCAAUCAUUUUACGACACCAAUCCACACGAUGGAGUUUUUGAGCCUCAGUCAAAUUAUGAGGUAUCCACCGGGCGCAAAGCUUCCUGACCGCUAAAUGUUCGUGGAGGAUUUUGUGCACUUGACUCAUACCGAUGCCUAAGCUUGUCCGAAUCUGUUGAUAGGUCACUCUUUUGUCAGUCUCUAUCAUACGCCGCACAACACAGAUGUUAUCUUCAGUCGUCGCCGUAGAAGGCCGUCCCUCACGUAAAUCAUCAGUGAGAUUAGUGCGACCACGUUUAAACUCAUUAAACCAGUUGUAAACAGUCGCACGAGAUGGGGCUUCAUCGUGAAAGGCCAAUCGUAGUCUAUCAUAACUUUCUUGUUGACUUAAAUGACAUCGAAAGUCAUAAAAAAUCAUUGCACGAAAAUUUUCUCGUGUUAAAUUCAUGAUGACGUGACACAGACAAUUUUCAAUUUGCCGCCAAAUCGUAAAACAAAUGACAAAUGAAUGAAAUAUAUACUCAGUAAUAUUGGCAAAGAGUUAUAUUUUCAAAUUUUAGAAUUAUUUUUUUAUUAUAUUGUUUAUAAGUGGCCAGUUCUAAGAACUUUCAGUUUGACCCUCGUAUUGAAAUUAUUUUUAUAAUACAUAUAUAAUAAAAUUUAAAUACUCCGAAUGAAAUCGCCUUAAUUUUUAUUGGUUUAUUACGAAAUUUCAUAAUUUAACCGAUUUUCCUUUGAAACUUUCUAUGUAGUUUUAUUGUUAAAAUUAUUUAUAUAUUCUUUUGAUCUGGAACCCAAAUUCUACAUUUAAGCUCCUCUAUGACGUCCUUAGAAACUUUAUACCAUGUACUUAUAAUUGUUAGAAUAAUCAACUUAAUGGUAUGGUAAUCAAGGUCAAUUUUAUUUGGCGAGAACUCCAUUCGGUAUGAUAAACAAGAGAGCUAUAAUAAAUGAACUCGGAAUUGAUAUUUGUUUAAUUUCCAAGUGGAUCUCAUCUCAUAUACCUGUUGUAACGUUGUUCUAUUUAAU